AUGAGCUUUCCACUUUUACCAUUUGUCUCAUCGCCCGAGAGCUCGCAAGUGGAGGAAUUUAGUCUCACAGGAGCAAUUUUGCUUCCAUAUUCUUCACUCAAGAUUAGCAAGCACUGGACUCGUCAGUUCUCAAACGACUUGAAAAUUUAUGUCAAAGUUGACCCCUCCGUUACAGUUGACCAAAUCACUGAGUUAUUAAAUACUGGUGUGGAAAAAGUGUUUAUUUACGACAUUGAACAAUACAAAGAAGCUACCGUCAAUGCAGGAUUACCAGCAGCAAGGUUUGCAACCACUAACAUCGACACUGCAGAAGCUUAUCUUGAGUCGUCACUUAUUGUGAGUGAAAAGUUGAACGAUGUUAAGUUGUACAACAAUCACGAAAACAGAACAAUUUAUUUCGAUGUUUCCAACUCUGGAACUCAAGAGGAGGUUAAUGCAUUGGCCAAGGAAGGAUACACUCCUAUUAUUUCUGCAGAUAAAUUAACCACAAAGAAGCAAGAGGCAGGGAAGAUCUCUAUAUCAUCAGUGUUUAUCGACACAUUGGUCACAGAUAGACCAGAUGGAUUAUUCACUACACUUGUUACUUCCCCUGCUCCAGAAUUUACUAGUUUGGGUGUCGUUUACUCUUCCAAGGACUCUAUUGCAGCCGCUAUUGAAGAAAAAGUUGGUGUGUAUCAAUCGAGAAAGAGAACUCAUGAAUUAUGGUACAAGGGAAAGACUAGUGGUGCUACACAGAAACUAGUUGCCAUUAGUAAGGACUGCGAUUCCGACGUUGUACAAUUCAUAGUUGAGUCGCGUAAAGGCUACGGAUUCUGCCACAGGGAAACGCAAUAUACAUGUUUCGGAGAUGAACAAGUGAAAUCGUCAGGUAAGGGCUUGGUCAAGUUGGACAAGACGUUGUCCGAAAGAUUUAGUGAGAUUGAUGCGGCUCCUGAAGGAUCGUAUACCAAGCGAUUGUUCCAGGAUGAAAACUUGCUCAUUGCCAAGUUGAAAGAAGAAUUGGACGAAUUGAUUGAUGCAAAGGGCAAUAGGGAUGAAGUCGCUUGGGAAGCCGCAGACUUGAUUUAUUUUGUAAUGACAUGGUGUGUAAAGAAUGGGGUACGAUUGGCAGAUGUGGAGAAGAAUUUGGAUGUCAAGAGUUUGAAAGUGACGAGAAGAAAAGGUGAUGCUAAGCCGCAAUAUGUGCAAAAGGAGCAAGAGAAGAAAGAGGAAGUUAAGGCCAAGGUAGAAGAGAAAGACUUGGAAUCCAACGAAUCGUAUGAAAUGGAGGUUAUUGUUGCCGAUGACAUUACUUCUUCAAAUGUAGACAAGGCUAUGAAGAGACCAGUUCAAAAAACAUCAGACAUUAUGAAGCUUGUGCUUCCAAUUAUUGAAAAUGUGAAAACAAAUGGCGAUAAAGCAUUAAUCGAACUCACUGCAAAAUUUGACGGUGUGCAACUCACCACUCCUGUGUUGAAUGCACCUUUCCCCCAGGAAUUGAUGGAAAUUUCACAAGAAAUGAAAGAUGCCAUUGAUUUAUCCAUGGCCAACAUUGAAAAAUUCCAUAGAGCUCAAUUGCCUACUGAAGAAGUGAUGACUGUUGAAACUUGCCCUGGAGUUUAUUGUUCAAGAUUUGCUAAACCUAUUGAAAAUGUCGGUCUUUACGUUCCAGGUGGUACUGCAGUUUUGCCCUCGACGGCAAUGAUGUUGGGUGUUCCAGCUAAGGUUGCAGGAUGUAAAAACAUUAUUAUUGCAUCACCACCAGCUAGAGCUACUGGUAAAUUAACUCCCGAGGUCGUAUAUGUUGCUCACAAGCUUGGGGCCCAAAAGAUUGUUAUGGCAGGUGGCGCGCAAGCAGUUACUGCAAUGGCAUACGGUACAGAAUCCGUUAUCAAGUGUGAUAAGAUCCUUGGCCCUGGUAACCAAUUUGUUACUGCAGCAAAGAUGUACGUACAGAAUGACACUCAAGCGCUCUGUUCCAUUGAUAUGCCAGCUGGUCCAAGUGAGGUGCUUGUGAUUGCUGAUAACAAUGCCGAUGCAGACUUUGUCGCUAGUGAUUUGUUGUCACAAGCCGAACAUGGUGUUGAUUCACAAGUCAUUCUCAUUGGUGUUGACUUGACGAAAGAAAAACUUGCAGCUUUCCAAGAUGCCGUUAAAAAACAGGCAUCUGUGUUGCCAAGAAAAGAAAUUGUUGCCAAAUGUCUUUCACAUUCAUUCAUCUUACUCGUCAAGUCCUAUAAAGAGGCAUUUGAGUUAUCUAACCAAUACGCACCAGAGCAUCUUAUCUUGCAAAUUGAUAACGCUAAAUCUUUUGUUCCUUCACUGAUUGAAAAUGCGGGCUCGGUGUUUGUUGGUGCAUUGUCACCAGAAUCAUGUGGUGAUUAUUCAUCGGGAACAAACCAUACAUUGCCAACAUAUGGAUACGCAAGACAAUACAGUGGUGUUAAUACUGCUACUUUCCAGAAGUUCAUUACAUCACAAGACGUGACUGAAAAAGGAUUAAAGAGUAUUGGUAAAGCAGUGAUGACAUUGGCUCACGUUGAAGGAUUAGAGGCACAUAGAAGAGCUGUUGAAGUUAGGAUGGAGAAACUUGGAUUGCUUUAA